AUGGCAGUAGAUGACCAAGGUGGUCGAAUCGACAAACAGCCCCUCCUGAUAUCAACCGGCGUCUUCUUCGCUCUCGCCAUCGUCGGAGUCAUCGUGCGUUGUGUGCUCAGGUUUCGUGUGCAGAAACAGAAGUUCCAACUCGACGAUGGAGUACUUAUAUUGGCCACUGCCUUUCUCGUGGCAAGCGCGGUGGCCAUGUAUGACAAGGCAGUCUACAUAAUGUACCUGGUGGAGGCCAUUGCACUCGGCCGUAUGGAGGUCCCUGCGAACAUGAUAGAAUUGUCGGAUGAGGACCACAAAUGGACAAUGACCACGCUGAUGCUCAUUUGGUGCGCAAUAUGUGCCGUUAAGUUCUUUUUCCUGGUGUUCUUUCGGAAAUUGAUCGAUCGCCUACGGGUCUGGCAAAUCUACUGGUGGUUUGCUUGCUUGUUCAACCUCGGGCUUUGGGUUUUUGGAGUCGUCGCUUUCUGGGCAACUUGUCCCCAUCUGGGUGCGGCCGCAAUCCUCGCAAUCCCAGUCGCCGUCAUCUGGAAGGUCCGCGUGGACUGGACCCAGAAACUGGCCCUAGCAUGCUCCCUCUGUAUUGACGUCGUCCAAGUCGGCCUGUCCAUCGCCCGAGCCGCCGGUCUGGAGCACGACGGCCGCGCCGAUGGCAUCUUCGAGAUGUACACGCUUUUCAUCAGCGCUGCGUUGGGUGUCUUCCUUGCGGCCGCUACUGCCUUCCGACCGUUCAUAAUGGCCAAGAAGCGCAGCAAGGCCUACACCCCGCCCUACAGCCGAUGGCCGAACAGCAUCUCGAACAAGCGAAAGGCAGGCUCGGACCGUAGCCGAGGGAGUGGUUGGUCCGGACAAACACCUACCCCUACUGCGGGCGACUUCCAGCGGUUGGCCCCGGACGGUAAGGAUUCUGAUAGUCGCCGGGAGGACCUGGAGUGGCAUGCCAUGUCGAGCACGAACUCCAGUGCAACGCACUGUGCGGAAGGGGCGUGCGACUACAACAUGGCUGAUGAUUCUGCGGAGGUGACGGUGGUGCAACCCGUCAGCGUGCUCAAGCACACGGUUUGA